CUAACGGGAGAGUGAAAUAAUUCUAAGUUUGGACUGGGACCUCCCAACUCUAAUCCCCUUUUCUAGUUUCACUCCCCAUCGAUUCGAUCAGGCCCUCCUUCCCAUUCAUCGUUCUUCCUUCCAGGCGACCGACCUCUCAACUCAGUUUGGAUCUAGUGGGGAUAAUAUCUUAUCAAGUUCUAAACAUACCAGAACAUGGCUGAUUUGGAUGAUUUGCUCCUGCUGGCAGCUGGAAGACCUAGUGGAAGUGGGAGGAGUCGUCAUUCUCCUGUGUCUAGGAGGCAUCACAGAGUUGAUGGAAUUGACUCAAGAGACAACGAUUCAGAUGAUGAUCGGGGUUAUUCAAACAGAAAACUAUCUGGCUCUCAAGUUCCUCUUAAGAAGAGGUUGGAUCCUACAGAGAGAGAUGACGAGCAUAGUGAUCGUGGAGGUGAUGAUGAUGGCUAUGAUCGUGAGCGUGAUAGUGACGAUGAUUCCAUUGGGAGCGACCUUUAUAAGGAUGAAAAUGACCGCCGCGAGCUUGCUCAAAUGACAGAGCUUGAAAGAGAAAUGAUACUGACAGAUCGGGCAUCAAAGAGAUCUGACAAACAAAUGCAUGAUAAAUUACGAGGGAAGAACAGCCAAGGAAGAAAAUCUAGCCCCCCUCCGUCACAGUCUCGUGGAACCCGCUCUUCCACUAGAGCUCUAGGUCGUGCAGCAGAUAGGGAUGGCGCAUUGAAUGAGAUAAGAGCUAAACGAGCAAGACAGCAGGAUCCUGAAACUCAUUGGCAAACAAGAGAUGCAGUUCGAAGAGGUACUGGUAGCAGGGGUUACUCACCUGUUAAGAGGAGAACUUUUACAGCUGCCACUUUAGGGAGCAGCCCUAACAGAGCUGAAAGUGGGUCACCAAGUGAUGAAGGAGAGUCUGGAGAUGAUGCAAUGGCUGAUAGUGAUGAUGACAAGACUUCCCCCAACUCAAAACUGCCAACUUUUGAGGAUAUAAAAGAAAUUACCAUCCGGCGAUCAAAACUUGCGAAGUGGUUCAUGGAACCCUUCUUUGAUGAGUUAAUUGUUGGCUGCUUUGUGAGAGUUGGAAUUGGGAGAUCCAGGUCUGGGCCUAUUUACAGGCUUUGUAUGGUACGCAAUGUUGAUUCUGCAGACCCAAACCGGCAGUACAAACUAGAAAAUAAAACUACAUACAAGUAUCUUAAUGUUACUUGGGGUAAUGAAAGCUCUGCUGCUAGGUGGCAGAUGGCCAUGGUGUCUGACUCACCUCCUCUUAGAGAUGAGUUUGAGCAGUGGGUCAGGGAGGUUGAGAAAGGUGGUGGACGAAUGCCUAGCAAACAGGACGUGUUGGAAAAGAAGGAGGCCAUACAGAAGACAAAUUCAUUUGUCUAUUCAGCUGAUACUGUGAAGCAAAUGUUGCAAAUGAAAAAAUCUGCCACGUGGAAGCCUAUGAAUGUUGCUGCUGAGAAGGAGCGAUUAAGAAGAGAGAUGGAAGUAGCAAAAAUGAAGAAUGAUGAAGCUGAGGUAAAGAGGAUUACAGCUAGGCUGAAGGAACUGGAUGCCACAAGACAAGCCCAGGAGAAAGAUGAUAAGGCUCAUAAACUGGCUGAGAUGAACAGAAAGAACAGGGCUGAGAAUUUCAAAAACGCAUCCGAACUGAAAAAUGUGGAUACAACUUUGAAUGCUGGGGAAGAAGGAUAUGACCCCUUCUCAAGAAGAUGGACUAGGUCAAGGAAUUACUAUGCAGGAAAGCAAAAUGGCGAAGAGAGAGAGCCCACAACAAGAGCCAAUGCUCCUGCUGCUGCAUCGGUUGCGGAAACUAAUGCCACUACAGGUGAAGUAGGCAUGGCAGCCACAACUGCUGCAUUGAAAGCAGCAGCAGGUGCAGGAAAGUUGACUGAUACAAGUGCUCCCGUAGAUCAAGGAACAGAGUCAAACACACUACAUGAUUUUGAUUUACCUAUUUCAUUGGUUACACUUCAGAAGUUUGGAGGGCCACAAGGAGCUCAAGCCGGAUUUAUGGCACGAAAACAGAGACUAGAGGCAACUGUUGGCCGUAGAGUCCCUGAGGAUAAUGAGAGAAGACACACACUGACUUUGACUGUCAGUGACUACAAGAGAAGGAUGGGGCUGCUUUGAUGCAUGUAUAUUGUAUAAUGGUGUUGCUAAUGCAGUAUCUUCCUUAAAUAACAUGCAUGCGUUUCAAAAAGCUGCUUUAGAUUUUAAAUGUAAUGGUGCUCAAGUAUGUUUCAAGUUUCAUGUAUGCUUGUUCAAAAUGUAACCCUUAGAAUUUUUCCU